UAGCUUGUCCAGUCCUUUUAUAAUUUUAUAUGUUUCUAUAAGAUCCCCUCCUCCUACUUCUAAACUCCAGUGAAUACAAGCCUAGUCUUUUCAAUCUUUCCUCAUAUGACAGUCCCGCCAUCCCAGGGAUCAAACUCGUGAACCUACGCUGUUAAGAACUAAUCUUCUCCUCAAGAAUUGUAAAUCUGUUUUUGUACAUUUCCCUUAAUCCUCAGGCCAUUUUUUUGAGGUAUUCAUCUAAAAAUAUUUCUUCUUUGUGAACUGUACCUAAUUUUUCCUUCGUCCUGUUCACACUAGUUCUAUGUUAUCCCACUUUCUCACCCACUCCCUUCACACAAGGGGAAAUCCACUGCAGACCUGCACGUCUUUGGGAUGUGGGAGGAAACCGGUGGGCCGAAGAGCCUGUUUCCUCGCUGUAUCUCUAAACUAAACACUUUGCGACUUAGACCAGUCUGAAGAAGAGUCUCGACCCAUUCCUUCUCUCCAGAGAUGCUGCCUGUCCCGCUGAGUUACUCCAGAUUUUUGUGUCUAUCUUUGUUUUAAACCCAGCAUCUUAUGAAACAGAUAAGAUUGUUAAGGGUUUGGACACACUGGAGGCAGGAAACAUGUUCCCGAUGUUGGGGGGGGGGGUCCAGAACCAGGGGCCACAGUUUAAGAAUAAGGGGUUAGCCAUUUAGAACGGAGACAAGGAAACACUUUUUCUCACAGAGAGUUGUGAGUCUGUGGAAUUCUCUGCCUCAGAGGACGGUGGAGGCAGGUUUUCUGGAUACUUUCAAGAGAGAGCUGGAUAGGGCUCUUAAAGAUAGUAGAGACAGGGGAUAUUGGGAGAAGGCAGGAACGGGGUACUGAUUGUGGAUGAUCAGCCAUGAUCACAUUGAAUGGCGGUGCUGGCUCAAAGGGCCGAAUGGCCUACUCCUGAACCUAUUGUCUAUUGUCUAUUGCAGUUCCUUCCUGCGCACGUUGUGAUUUCUUUCUGUGUUUACGUGGCGUUUCCAAGGUGAGGUGCGGCACUAGAGUGCGAUGUGUGUUAGAUUAGAUUAGAUUAAAUUCAACUUUAUUGUCAUUGCACAAAUACAAGUACAGGUACAACAAAAUGCAGUUGAGCAUCCAAUCAGAGUGCAAAGUAGCAAAAUGCUGAUUAAAACAAUACAUACAAAUGAGGAUAUAUUGAUCUAUGUACACAGGCAUAUACAUAUAUACAGAUAAAAGAUUGACGUGCUAUAUUCAGGUGAAUAGAGCUUAACUGUAAAUUAUAUAAACUAUAAAUAAUACUGAUGAGAAGGGGGCGGGGGUGUGAGUUCAGCAGGGUGAUGGUGUUUUGGAAGAAGCUGUUCCUUAGCCUGCUGGUGCGAGACCUGAGGCUCUCUGAUGGGAGGAGGGCAAACAGUCCAUGGUUGGGGUGUGAGGGGUCCUUGAUGAUUUUGGGUGAAUUCUCUGCGCUGGGUAUUAACGCACGCUUUGUCUGACCAGGGAAGCUACAAGAGCCGGCAUGACAUCAUCACGCAUGGCGCUCUCAAUCACAGGCACUUGCUGUACGAGCGAUGGGCCAGGUGGGGCAUGUGGUACAAGUAUGGUACACUGGACCUCAUCAGACGGUACUUUGGAGAGAAGAUCGGCCUGUAUUUCGCCUGGUUGUGUUGGUACACUGGGAUGCUAAUCCCCGCUGCCCUCGUUGGGGUUCUGGUAUUUCCGUAUGGACUACUUACAUCUGACCACAGUCAAGUCAGCAAGGAGAUCUGUGACGCCAAUGAUACCCUCAUGUGUCCAAUGUGCGAACGCAACUGUUCUUACUGGAUGCUGAGUGAAAGCUGUGCCUACGCAAAUGAUAGUUUGCAGGGCGGCCUGGAGCCUAUGCCAAGCUGUUUCACCGAUGGAGACUGGAAGAG